CACUCGCUAUAAUUUUUUUGGAGCUGCCUCGUCCUGCACCGCCGACCAUAGUUGUUUUGCCGUCUCCAUGCAGUGUGGCUGAGGGGUGGAAAGGUAAUGUAAUGUAAUGUACCUUGCCGUGGUCACUGACGGGUUCACGCCAGUUCACCGGGUUCACUUGAGGAGAGCUCCCACCCCCUGCUCGCCUCCUCUUCUUCUCAAAACGCAACGAUCGGAGCUAAUCCAAUAUUAUUCAUUUAUAUAUUAAUGUCGGAUUCCAUUUUUGCCACCGACUGUUGAGGUUCCCUGGGAGCUGUUAAACUUGUCCAUGUGACAGGAGUCCUGAAGUGGCAGAGGGCAUGAAGAAACACUGUGAUCUCAUAGUGGCUGGUCCAUGACACUAAACUCCAUUCAACCCUCUCCACUCUCCACCCGCCCUCUGUUCUCAUCAUACCGGACAAGCAAUCACUCACACCAUUUACACAAAGCUGCACAAUGGCCAGCAAGAGGAAAUCCACUGUACCCUGCAUGAUACCAUCCAAAUCCAAACAUGUGCGUGAGGAAAUCAUACUGGGCUCGCUACCAGAACUCCUACCAACGAUCCCAGAAGACAGCAUACUCAGCAUCUCUGGAGAAGAGUCUGGCCAUUUCUCUCACAGCUCCUCCAAAUCCGAAAGUGGCAGUGAGAUGCAGAAAGGAGGUACAUACAGCUGCCCAAAGUGCCGUUUCGAGUCCAGAGAUCUAAACUACUUUUUGGAUCACAUGCACAACUGCCACUUAGACUUCAGGGCCCAGCCCACUUUCUACUGCCUGAACUGUGGGGUAUCAGUCGUCCGCUUUGAGGCUCUGGCUCUGCAUAACGCUACCGCCCACCCUAAAAUAAUGGAGGGCUUGGUCACUGCCUCCCUAACUGUCAACAAGAGGGAUGGAGUGACAACAGUGGAGCAAAGUCUCUUCACAGACAGCAGAGAAGACAACAGAGAAUCUGGGAUCUCCCUCACCAAAACACCGAUUGCAAAGAUGAUGAAAGCCAAGGGGGAGCACAAAAAGAUUGUGGUUUCUCACACCGUGGAAGUACGGAAGAUAGACACUGGAAAGGAUGUAGACCCCAGCAUGCUGACAAAUGUGCCUGAACUCCAAAACGGGGCUCUCAGUCUUUCUGGCGCCCAAGCUAUGCCGAGGACCACUGUCGCCCAUGUGACUAAGACGACAGUGUCCAACCAAGUCUUUCACCAGCACACUCCCUCCCUUUACUCUCCCCCCUCCUCUGCUUCCAAUAGAGACCUUCCAAAGGUGAUGAUCCCUCUCAGCAGCAUCCCCACCUACGAUGCCGCCAUGGACACCAGCAGCUUUCUCAAGACGUCCUUUGGCAAGUUCCCCUACCCGACCAAAGCCGAACUCUGCUACCUGACGGUGGUCUCAGAGUUCCCCGAAGAGCAGAUCAAACUGUGGUUUACUGCCCAAAGGCUCAAGCAGGGCAUAAGCUGGUCUCCUGAAGAGAUCGAAGAGGCCAGGAGAAAGAUGUUCAACACAGUGUUCCAGGGUGGAGCACCUCAAAAGCAACCCACUACACCACGGCACGUUAAUCACAUUGUAACCCAUCACACUGUCACUGCCCAUCAAGGCUCAAAAGGACCAAACUUUCAGAUGGCCAAAGUUCCCUACAACAAUAUGAAAACCAGGCCUGUCGGAGUCAUGGCCACACAGGCAAGCAUGUCAACCAACCCCCAUGUCACUAGGGUCUCGUAUUCUACUCCAAUUGUCCCCCCAACGUUCCCAUCUGUAGUCAGAACAACACCGGUACUGACCAAGAAUAGUCAACCCACUGUGGAGCUAGACAAGAGCAAUGGCCUCGGCCUGGACAUGGCUGGAAGCAGCGGUUGCGCCAGUAGCACCAGCAGCAGUCGAAGCAGCAGUAGCAGCAGUAGUUGCAGUAGUAGCAGCAGCAUCAGCAGCUAUUCCAGCAGCAGUAAUGGUGCUGAGACCGUCACCCGGAAAACGGUGCAUAACAGCAGCCCAACCAACAGCAUUAACAGCAUCACCACUUGCUCUACCAACAUCAGCAAUAAUGAUGAGCGCUGUGUUGCUGACACCAACGGGAAAACAUACGUCCAAAGCAACAGUUCACCAAUCGGAUUGGAAGGUUCAAACAGUACCAAGAGUCAAGUAAUCAUCGAUAACACCAGCAAAUCCAACAUCACCUGCAACAAUCAUAACGGCAGCAUCGUCAGUCCACAAGAGCAGGCCCACGCCGCGAAUCCUGACGAUGAACACAAAAACUACAUCCACAAGACCAACAACGGCAGUAUUAGCAAUGAAUACCCCAGUACUACCUGUAAUGACAGUGUCCCUAACCUGAACAUUGCCAGCAAAUCCCCAACUGAAAGCACCAGCACUACUGUCAUUACAAAAUGCAGCUCAUCUAUUUUAGAUGAGGGUAAAUGCAACAAGGACUUUCCCAUAAAAGGCAUGUCAAUCUUACAGCAACUCAUCAAGGAGGAGGACCCGUUUGCUAGAGACAGAAGCUGCCCAGAGCGGAAAAUUGACCCCAUCAAGAUCAACUACAAAAGGCUGAAGAUGAACGAACCAGAUACUACAUCUGAGAUUGUACACCAAGAUCAAAAGUCUGAUACAGCUGAGGAUUCUGCUUCUCAGCCGUCUUUCCCCCCCUGGGCCAACAAGACCCCCCAGCAGCUGCACAUCCUCCGACAGAUUUUCUCCAACACCCGCUGGCCCAGCAGUCAGCAGUACGAGGACUUAAGCGUCCAGACGGGCCUUCCCAAGUCAGAGGUGGUGCGCUGGUUCAGCGACAGCCGGUACAGCCACAAGAACGGGCAGCUGAAGUGGCUGGAGACGUAUCAACGACCGCCCGCGGUAACAGUGGAAGUGAGGAGCCACGGAGAUGCUGAAGCCGAGUCUCCAAAGGACUCUCCAGUGGCCAAAAAGAAACUUGUUGAGAAAGACACGAACAAGCACCUUGAAGGAGAUGCAGGACUAAACUCAGGGCAGCGGGUUGUGUGGCAGGAUUCAUACUCUCCGCUGCUUGGUCUGAUGGCGUCCGAGGGGAGCGUCGAGCGAGCCCGAGCUGAAGAGUCAGCGCAGCCGAGAGACCUGCAGGAUCCCUGGUCAGAGAGAGCAGAAGACCACCAGCAGCCAGUGGCCAGUCAGUCACUCAUCGAAAAACAGACGGAUGCCAAUCAGGCCAGGGAUCGCCUGAGGAUGGAGCUGCUGGAGGUGUGAUGAAGCAGGCCCAAUCGCGCCAGAGGAGCAUGAUGUUAAAAGGCUGGCUUGCUCCCCUGGCCGUGGUCUAAAAAGAGUGUUCAUAAUGACAGCAGAUGUGAUUGUAGCUGGACCGUUGGACUCUGACUGUAACUGUGAAUACCCCCCACCCCUCCUCCUCCUCUUCCAUCUGCCAUCACUUCCUGCCAUCGUCAAAAGAAAGAACUUCUCACCUUUGAGUCCUGUGAUGUUUAAGCAUUUCAUGCUUCUUUGUGGUUGUGUGGGGAGGGUGCACAAUGAGGUCAGUACGAAGGAUCAAAGAAAGAGAAAAGACGCACACUGACUGGAAAACUGACUUGAAUGAGCAAAGAUAGGAUAGGGCUGAGAGAUAUUGUUUUGGGGUCAGAGGGAGAAAUAUAUAUAUAUAUAUAUAUAUAUAUAUAUAUAUAUAUAUAUAUAUAUAUAUAUAUAUGAUUGAAACUGCACUAAAGAGGGUUUGUACUGACUGGACAAACAAAAGACGUGUCAAGGAAAUCUUAUUGUUGGCUUUGUGAUAUUUUUUACUUUUUUAGCAACCAGUACUUCAGCACUGCCUUGAAUUUUAUUUUUUCCGUUAUUUGUUUUUUCAAUUCUAUUUACUCUUCUAUAGUCACUGUAAGUCCAGAUGCAAUCAAACAUGGUUUAUUUAGAUCUGUAUAAAUGUUGGUGAUCACUUUGCAGUUCAGCUACCGCAAGAGACUAUAUACAAUGCACUAAUGAAGACAGCAAUGCUACAAAUCCCACUGCCCCACAGUAAAGGUAUUGACAGCUCCGUCAAGAUCAAUACACUACACUGCCCUGCAAACUGAACAGAGAGAAGCCUGUCACGCUAAUGUUGCCUUACUCAGCUCUGUCCAUGUUUAUAUGACCUGUCUGUCCAUCACCUUGCUUUCCAGCUACCGUGCUGUCCUGAAAAAAAGAAGAAAAAAAAUACAUGCCAGUGCAUCAAUGGUCACUGUUCGUCUAUAUCUGUGAAAAAAAAAAAUCUUGUGCUGCUUUCUGUACACUUGGAGAUGUUUAACUUUAAGCUGUCAUUAUAUCUAAUAUUGUUACUGGCGAAAUGUUGUUUAAAGCUAAAUUAUCAAUUUGAUCCCUAGACACUGACAGAGUGAGAUAUUGUGCUAGCUAGAGAGCCAAAUGAGGAGAUCUUUGCUCUCCUCUGAAUUUUCUUGUGUUUAUAUAAACAUACAGUCACUACAUGAAUCCUAUUAAGCUGCAUCUUUGUCAAGCUGCUAAUAGCUAAGAACGGUGCUAUACCAUCCAAAGUGAAAUUGGAGGUUGAUCUCCUACCAGCAGUGUAUGCACUUGUGUCGAAUGUUACAAAUUUAUUUUGGUUUGAGAUAGUGGAAUCUGGACUUACGGUGUUAUGAUCACUUUUAUGAAAUAGUCUGAUCAUAAAGCACUGUUGUAUCAUCCUUUCUACACUUCUGAAUCUUUACAGAAUAAACUGAAUACUCACCUAGCA